GGAUUAUUUUUCAACAGUAAACCGGAAGGGCAAAGAAGCUGCAGACUAUUAUUGUUGUUUUAUGUAUGUCACUGUGACUUUGCUUUUUACGUGUGAAGACGAGUUGAUCACCUGCUAACGAUGGAGCUCCCGGCUCGGCCAAAAAUGUUUGACUUCCAUGGAAUCUCCAUGAGCAGGAACUUCACUGACAACUGGGACAACGUGCAGAACUUUAAAGCUAGACCAGAUGAUAUUCUCAUCGUUACUUAUCCUAAAGCAGGAACCACAUGGGCCGGUUACAUCCUGGAUCUUCUGCAUUUUGGGCAGACGUGUCCAGAGCGUCAGGCGUCCGUCCCUCUCCAGGACAGAGUGCCAUUUCUUGAGUUUUGCAAACCACCUCGACCCAAAGGUACAGACCUUGCAGACCAGCUUCCCACCACACCUCGUCUCAUUAAAACUCAUCUACCAGUCCAGCUUAUACCCAAGUCCUUCUGGGAGCAAAACUGCAGGAUCGUCUAUGUGGCUCGUAAUGCAAAGGACGAUGUGGUUUCCUUUUACCACUUUGCCCGCAUGAACCAUGGCUUGCCAGAACCAGGAGACUGGAGCACCUUUCUGCAGGAUUUCAUGGAGGGAAAGGUGGUGUUUGGAUCCUGGUACGACCACGUGAACAGCUGGUGGGAGAAGAAAGAGUCUUAUAAAAAUCUUCACUACAUGUUUUACGAAGAUAUGAUUGAGGACACCAGACGAGAGAUUGACCGACUCUGUUCUUUCCUUGGUUUGGUUCGUUCAGCUGAGGAGAAAGAAAGAGUCAUAACUGAAGUGAAGUUUGACAAUAUGAAACAAAACAAGAUGACCAACAAUUCCCAUGUCCAAAGCAUGAACCAAAGGUUGUCUCCUUUCAUGAGAAAAGGGAAAGCUGGGGACUGGAAGAACCACUUCACUGUGGCCCAGAAUGAAAGGUUUGAUGAGGACUACAAGCAGAAAAUGAAGAAUCCUACACUGCAGUUUCGCAUGGAAGUUUAGAAGCUGUUCACUGCAUAAUGUCUUAAUCCGUCAUUACUUUAGUAAUAAUGUUGAUGUUACUGAGUCAGAUGCUAAAUUUGAUUGACAAAAUAGAUCAAAUUAGUGUGGGACAAUUAUCCUUAUUGUGAUUUUGACUUCUGAAUGUUUUAUACUUUUUUAUCUCCUGUUAUGUGUUUGGAAAUCAGCUUUAUGUGACUCAUUUCAGCCCUGCAGCCCGCCACCAGGGGGUGAUUGAGAUAUUUUGGUCAAACUUGUGUGGAGCUGUCAUGUCGUCCAUCUUUCCAUCAAGUCAAGCUGCAGCACGGCAAAUGUGGCAUUUUAACCCUUUGAUGCACAACAUGGGUCUAAAGAGACCCGACUAAUUUUUUAAUUUUCUAUAUAUUUGCAAUAAAUGAAUUUCAUCAUUUAAUAUUCCAGGUUUUCCUAAAUCAACUUGUUUUUGAUCAUCAAACAUCCUAAUUUUUUGUUUUCAUUUCUUACUUUUUGAAUAAAAAUCCUUUUUGUAUCACUACUCUUCCAAUGCACAACAUGGGUCAAACAUUUAAUUAUGGGGCAUUGUGUGUAUAAUUUUAAGGAAAAUUUAAUCAAUUUUGGAAUCAGGCUGAACCAUAAAAAAAUGUGGAAAAAGUGAAAACCUUCCAGAUACAGUGUAUGUGUGACAAAAUGAUACAUAGACAUGUUAAAUAUAUUAAGUACCGUGAUAUGAGUGCGGAAAGUAACUAUUUGAAACAAAUUACUAUUAGUAUAUAUAUUAUAUUAUAGUAUUAAGUCAUUUAAUUUUUAAUCAAAUUUGGAUGAAUGAGUCAUUUUUCACCCAUGUGUGUAUUAGAAGGGUUGUCCAUAUGUUGUGCAUCAAAGGGUUAACCAGCCUACUUUAAGUUCAAUAUAAUUGCACAUGAACAAAGACAAGUGGGGAACUGACAUCAAUAAUAAGAAGCAUUAAAAUUAGUAUAAACACAAGAUGGUAUUCUAAUGCUCUUCCUUUGAUAAAGUAAGUACAGAAAUUUAAAUUUUCUACAUAAAGCAAAUGAAGAAUGGACAAAAACCUAUUGACAGUUUGUCACCACAAUGCACCAAAAACAUUGAUUUGCUCUUUAACUCUAUGGAGUCUUGGACUAUUUUGUCCAUUUUUGAAUCCUUUUCAUGUCUUUGUAAGUCAUUUUGUGUCUUUUUUUGGUCAAUUUGUGUCUUUUUUAGUCCUGUAGU